CUGCGGCGAGCCCUGCGCGGGCAGGUGCGGCGGGCGAGGCCGCUGCCCCGCGGCGGGCCGGCGCACGGAGGCUUCGUCAAUGGAAGUAUGUUACCAGCUGCCCGUGCUGCCGCUGGACAGGCCGGUGCCGCAGCACGUCCUCAGCCGCAGAGGGGCCAUCAGCUUCAGCUCCAGCUCCGCGCUCUUCGGCUGCCCCAACCCCCGGCAGCUCUCGCAGAGACGGGGAGCAAUUUCCUAUGACAGCUCUGAUCAGACUGCGUUGUACAUUCGUAUGCUAGGAGAUGUGCGAGUAAGAAGUCGGGCAGGAUUUGAAACAGAGAGAAGAGGUUCUCAUCCAUACAUUGAUUUCCGUAUUUUUCACUCAAAUUCUGAAAUCGAGGUCUCUGUGUCUGCAAGAAAUGUGAGGAGGUUGCUUAGUUUCCAGCGAUACCUGAGAUCUUCCCGUUUUUUCCGUGGUAUCACUGUUCCAAAUUCUUCAAACAUUUUAGAUGAUGAUUAUAAUGGACAAGCAAAGUGUAUGCUGGAGAAGGUUGGAAAUUGGAAUUUUGAUAUUUUUCUUUUUGACAGACUGACAAAUGGAAACAGUCUAGUCAGCUUAACCUUUCAUCUGUUUAACCUACAUGGACUAAUUGAACACUUCCAAUUAGAUACGAUGAAACUUCGUAGAUUUUUGGUUAUGGUUCAAGAAGAUUAUCACAGUCAAAAUCCUUAUCAUAAUGCAGUUCAUGCUGCUGAUGUGACUCAGGCCAUGCACUGUUACUUAAAAGAGCCCAAGCUUUCCAAGUCUUUAACUCCAUGGGAUGUCCUGCUUAGUUUAAUAGCAGCUGCCACACAUGAUUUGGAUCACCCAGGCGUUAACCAACCUUUCCUAAUUAAAACAAAUCAUUACUUAGCGACUUUGUAUAAGAAUACCUCAGUAUUAGAGAACCAUCACUGGAGAUCGGCAGUGGGGUUGCUGAGAGAAUCUGGUUUAUUUGCACAUAUGUCAUUAGAAAACAGGCAGCUGAUGGAGAGCCAGAUAGGUGAUCUCAUUCUUGCCACAGACAUCAGUCAACAAAACGAGUACCUGUCCAUGUUCCGAUCCCAUUUGGAUAGAGGAGAUCUAUGUUUGGAGAACCCAAACCAUCGUCACUUCAUCCUACAGAUGGCUUUGAAGUGUGCAGAUAUUUGUAACCCCUGUCGGACAUGGGAGCUGAGCAAGCAGUGGAGUGAGAAAGUAACAGAGGAGUUCUUCCAUCAAGGUGAUAUUGAAAAAAAAUAUCACUUGGGUGUGAGUCCACUUUGUGACCGACAGACAGAAACUAUUGCCAACAUCCAGAUUGGUUUUAUGACUUACUUGGUGGAACCACUGUUUGGGGAAUGGGCCCGGUUUUCCAACACGAGGCUGUCACAGACAAUGCUUGGCCACCUGGGACUGAACAAGGCAAGCUGGAAGGGAAUGCAGAGGGAACAGUCGGGCAGCGGUGACGAUGUUGACCCCACUUUUGAGGAAAUGGACUCAGACAUUUUACCUCAGGAACCUCGAUUGUCCUGACCUCAAUCUCCAUGACAAAACUGCCUCUUCCCUCGGUAUCCGCACAGUUGGAUUAAAGGAGACACAUGCCAGCCCAAGGUUUUGGUAGAGUGGUAAAAUGAUGCCAGCAUUAUUUAUUUCCAAGUUUUCCUUUGACACAGACCAUUUGACCCAGAAUUUUUUUAAGCCGCCAGAUCUGAACAUAGAGCAAUAUGCACCCGCCUCAGUUGGUUGUCGUUCGAAACCUCGAAUAUGCAAAGCACAGCAGCGACUGAGCCUCGGAGCAACGGGACGAAGGCGUCAUCGUGCCCCAUGGCUUGGGUUUUCUCAUGAUAUUUGGAAUACGGUCUUCAAAUCUAAAACUUGACAUGGAUUGUUCCACUCCCUUGGAAUUUAGCAAGACUUGCAUAAAUGUGUUCAAAGCAUACCUUCCACUCAGUCCCUGUUUUAAUACGGAAAUGUGAAGUGCCCAUCCUCUGCUGCCUCUGGCAAGACUUGAUGUUUACAAAUGUACUCUGAAACUGUCGGUUCUAGACUUAACCUUUGCGCAUGGCUGUGAAGGAACCACUAACUUGGGUUUUUUGCUUUUUUAAAAGAAAAAGAUCAAAUUUGAGACUGCAGCUCUUGUUUCUUUGGAUGCCAGAAAAGCCUCCCAUUUGCCAUAAUUUUGUUUGUGCACUGGGAACUGAGCAUUCAUCAUAGAGCACAGCCAAGCUUUACUCCAGUGCUAUAUGGGAAUGCAAUUUUUUAACAGCGAAAACACUUCUGAAUCUGGGAAGGGAAGGGGUGGGGGGGAAGCGUCCGAACUGCAUUGCGAUUCUGCAGUGGGAACAUCGCAUGUUGUUCUCACUAUUGUACACUUGAACUGCACAUGCAAGAAAAAGGUGGAAUGUCUAAACACCAUAAUCAGCUCAGGGUAUUUGCCAAUCUGAAAUAAAGUGGGAUGGGAAGCGUGUCCUUCAGAACAAGGGUACAAAUGCCCCUUUCGCUGCAGCGUGUGUGUAUGUGUGGGUGUGUGAGUACGUUUGGGACGGGGGAGGGCGGGAGGGCUCGGGGAAGGGUUUGAACGGAAACAUUUUUUCUUUUUCUUUUUUUUUUUUUUUUAAUUUAUUCUUUUAGAAUGUGACAAUUUCAUGAACAGCCACACUGGGGAGGAAACUGUAACAAAUUGCUACAGAUGCCUUAAACUAUGCACAAAGCUAAGUGACCAAAUUUGUUUUUGAUUUGAAAAAAAAAAAAAUAAUAAAAAAGUGCAUUGUUUACGUAUUCCUCCCUCUACUGAAUUACCCACUGAUGGGUUUUUGAUGGGAAAAGGAGAAAAUGUUUUUUAGGACAAAAUUAAAGGACUAAUUUUAAAACUUAAAACAUUCCAUUUUUGUAAUUUGUUUUACAUUGUUUUAAGUACAGUAAGCACAACUGUAAUCUAGUUUGAGAAACUGGUGCUUUCUUUUAGUUCAUUUGUAUUUCCCUGUUAUUAUUGUAAAAGACUGUUUAUUAAUUCUGUUUACAGUUUGUUGCAACAGCCAUUUUUGGAAGAGAGCUUCAGCGUAAAGCCAUUUGUAAAGGCUUUGCCAUAUUCAUUUUAAUAUGUGCCUGUUGCUGUUAACUUUUAAUUAAUAAAACAAAAUCUUUUCACAUUAUGCUCCUGUACAUUUAAGUUAUGACUGAGUCCAGCGUUGUGGAAAGGUAGCUAAGGUUGCAGUCAGCUUCCACUGUAAAACUAAGCCAACUUUUGGAUUUGAAAAUACUAGUCCUCGUAUGCCAAAAUUUAUUGCCUCCUGGAGCUUGGCCUUUUACUGUUUGAAAAGCAAAUCCUGACUUACCUGAUUGUUUCCCUUCUAAAACUGUUUAUUAUUCUUUCAUGUUCCCUGAAGUAGUAUCAUUAAUCUCAAAGUGGCCAUGUUUAAAGAAAUAAAUUUCUAAUGAAACCGUUCUUUUGAGCCUGUGUGAACUUCCUUCCUUUGCUGUCAGUGCAAGUUCUUGAUGUUGACCCCAACACAGAAGAAUCAGAUGGGACAAGGAGCUCUGGUUGUAAUUUUCAGGAGAGAAGAGCCAUUUUUGACAGGUUGUCUUUCAAAGGGUGCUUAAAGCUGGGAGAACACAGAGGUAAGAACUGUAUGUAACUCAGCAGAGAAACUGAGAGAAACUUACUACAGAGCAGCACUUAUCUGGGUUAAAUGUGGAGAAGUACUGAUUCCUCUUGGACCUUUUUGAAUGAAACGUGCAGCCAAACCUGCAGCUGUUUUCAAAAAGACAACUAAAAUCAGUCUGAUGAUGCCUUCUGUGACACAUUUGUAAAAAAUGAACGGGGUUUAAAGAGUAUCAACUGCAUUUUAAGUUUUGCUACUUGUUACAGGCAUAUGUUAAUAUGUAAUUUUAAUGAAAAUUAGAAAUAAUAAUAUAAUAAAUAGGUAUAUGGAGUAUUUCAACAUAGUAUUUAUAAAGAGCCUGUGAUUUUAACAUUGUGCAAACUUGCUGUCCUUUCCUGUCCUUUGACAGGACCCAGAAGAACUUGUCAAAGUGUAAAAUAGCAGGAGUAGUUUUAUUCUAAGCCACCCUUCCUGGAAAGGGUCCCUCUACCAGACUGGUAGAAAGGCUGCUUCUAAUCCCACUUCUUCAUGCAUGUGGAAGUGUCUGGCAUUGGACUUGAAAUAAGAAAAAUGCUUUUUCCAUGCUGGGGGGAAUGCCUUCUACAAAUCCACACUGAACUUUAACAUUGUUGCAGCUUUGGCACUUCAAGUGAGAGCUAAGAGCCCACGCACGCUAGGCACAGGACUGAGUCCCACGGCCCCUGGGAGCCCCUGGAGCCCAGAGCCCACUGGGGAAGGGGGCCAGGCCCCCCAGCUCUUCCAGUUCACAGAUCUGCUCCCAGCACUGUUCUGUACACAGGCACAAACGGGCCGCAGGUUAUGUCCAAGGGGGCCCAGCCUCCAUGGGUGGCCUUAGAGCACUUGAGGUGUUUUUCAGUGGGCAGUGGCACUGUGUGUGAUUUCAAGGAAAAAUACACACAUUAAGGUACAGUGUAAGAUAAGUUAUUUGAUGGCAACUUAGUGAUUUUCUGGCACAGAUGACAUUUCUUUUGCAGUAAUUUUACAUCACUGCUAAAGCUCACUUCAUUUCUGGUGCUGGACACCCCAGUUCAGAUGAGCAGCGUCUGGUGUGGAUGAUUCUCAUACUUUAGCCUGGUUUAACAGGUCAAGUGACAUCUUGAAUUUUACAGGUUAAUGAUUUAACUGGGCUGCCAGAGGAACUGAAUGUACCAGGGGAUGGAGAGGCUGUUGAACAAGUUCCUUCCUGCUAUCAUUGUGGUGAGGCAUAAACUCCUCUCUUGUUCCUGAGAACCACUGUUUGUUUGUUUGUUUAACCAGCGUGCACCUGAAUUAACAGUGUGGGGCUGUUUCACAGCCACCCCUCCUGUUACUCCUGCUGCACAGCAAGGUAAGCAAAGCAGCCCUGGAGGAGAUGCAAGGAGGAGCACUACAAGGAGGUUGUCACUACAUUGAUUUAUAGUGACUGCAACAGAAUGGAAACUUCCAUUUUUGUGGCUGCUAUCAUUUGUAGAGUACCACAAAUCAAAUAUACCAUCUUUAUUUUAUCUGCUUUUAAUUUUAUAUAGUGGCAAUAGAGCAUAAAAUACAAAACUUAAAACCAAAGUUAACUUUCACAAAGGUGUUUUAAAGGCACUUAAAAGAACUGAGGGAUUGAAUGACCAAUCAGUAGGACUGAUGGCAGAGCACUUUGGAAGAAAGUAACAUUGUGUACGUAUUAACACCACUUCGAGUUCCAUACCAGAAAACAAAGCUCCUCUGUGUACAACCUACAUUCCAGUUAUAAGCAGCAAAGUUUCUCCAUCUUCAGUAACCUUGUCAGAGCCAUUCAAGCUGUCUUUAUUAAAAAGUGCUGCUUUUGUCUUUUCCUAGGAAACAGAAG